GCGCUCAGCUUACCGCGCAUGUACGUUGCCAGGGGUAACGCAGGUAGCCAAAGUGGCUUGUGGCGUGGCUACCGUUAGUGAGGCGGUUGCUGAGACAGACGCUGAGGCGGAGAGGAGGAGCCCGAGGCGUAAGGGAAGCCGCGAUGAGGGCCGUGUUGACGUGGAGAGAUAAAGCCGAGCACUGUAUAAAUGACAUCGCAUUUAAGCCUGAUGGAACUCAACUGAUUCUGGCUGCCGGCAACAGAUUACUGGUUUAUGACACCUCUGAUGGCACCUUACUUCAGCCCCUCAAGGGACACAAAGACACUGUGUACUGUGUGGCAUAUGCGAAGGAUGGCAAGCGCUUUGCUUCUGGAUCAGCUGACAAAAGCGUUAUUAUCUGGACAUCAAAACUGGAAGGCAUUCUGAAGUACACGCACAAUGAUGCUAUACAGUGUGUCUCCUACAAUCCUAUUACUCAUCAACUGGCAUCUUGUUCCUCCAGUGACUUUGGGUUGUGGUCUCCUGAACAGAAGUCUGUCUCCAAACACAAAUCAAGCAGCAAGAUCAUCUGCUGCAGCUGGACAAAUGAUGGUCAGUACCUGGCGCUGGGGAUGUUCAAUGGGAUCAUCAGCAUACGGAACAAAAAUGGCGAGGAGAAAGUGAAGAUCGAGCGGCCAGGGGGCUCCCUUUCGCCAAUAUGGUCCAUCUGCUGGAACCCUUCAAGCCGAUGGGAGAGUUUCUGGAUGAACAGAGAGAAUGAGGAUGCCGAGGAUGUCAUUGUCAACAGAUAUUUUCAGGAAAUCCCUUCCACUCUGAAGUCAGCAGUGUACAGUAGUCAGGGUAGUGAGGCAGAGGAGGAAGAACCAGAGGAAGAAGACGACAGUCCCAGGGACGACAACUUAGAGGAACGUAAUGACAUCCUGGCUGUGGCUGACUGGGGACAGAAAAUUUCCUUCUACCAACUGAGUGGAAAACAGAUUGGGAAGGAUCGGGCACUGAACUUUGACCCCUGCUGCAUCAGCUACUUUACUAAAGGGGAGUACAUUUUGCUGGGGGGUUCAGACAAGCAAGUAUCUCUUUUCACCAAGGAUGGAGUGCGGCUUGGGACUGUUGGGGAGCAGAACUCCUGGGUGUGGACGUGUCAAGUGAAACCGGAUUCCAACUAUGUGGUGGUCGGCUGCCAGGACGGCACCAUUUCCUUCUACCAGCUUAUUUUCAGCACAGUCCAUGGGCUCUACAAGGACCGCUAUGCCUACAGGGAUAGCAUGACUGACGUCAUUGUGCAGCACCUGAUUACUGAGCAGAAAGUUCGGAUUAAAUGCAAAGAGCUUGUCAAGAAGAUUGCCAUCUACAGAAAUCGAUUGGCUAUCCAACUGCCAGAGAAAAUCCUCAUCUAUGAGUUGUAUUCAGAGGACUCAUCAGACAUGCAUUACCGGGUAAAGGAGAAGAUUAUCAAGAAGUUUGAGUGCAACCUCCUGGUGGUGUGUGCCAAUCACAUCAUCCUGUGCCAGGAGAAACGGCUGCAGUGCCUGUCCUUCAGCGGAGUGAAGGAGCGGGAGUGGCAGAUGGAGUCUCUCAUUCGUUACAUCAAGGUGAUCGGCGGCCCUCCUGGAAGGGAAGGCCUGUUAGUGGGGCUGAAGAAUGGACAGAUCCUGAAGAUCUUCGUGGACAAUCUCUUUGCUAUCAUCCUGCUGAAGCAGGCCACAGCCGUGCGCUGCUUGGACAUGAGUGCCUCCCGUAAGAAGCUGGCCGUGGUAGAUGAAAACGACACUUGCCUGGUGUAUGACAUCGAUACCAAGGAGCUGCUUUUUCAGGAACCAAACGCCAACAGUGUGGCCUGGAACACUCAGUGUGAGGACAUGCUCUGCUUCUCGGGAGGAGGCUACCUCAACAUCAAAGCCAGCACCUUCCCUGUGCACCGGCAGAAGCUGCAGGGCUUUGUGGUCGGCUACAAUGGCUCCAAGAUCUUCUGCCUCCAUGUCUUCUCCAUUUCUGCUGUGGAGGUGCCGCAGUCUGCUCCCAUGUACCAGUACCUGGAUAGGAAACUGUUCAAGGAAGCCUACCAGAUUGCGUGCUUGGGUGUCACCGACACUGAUUGGCGUGAACUGGCCAUGGAAGCUCUAGAAGGUUUAGAUUUUGAAACAGCAAAGAAGGCCUUCAUCAGAGUACAAGACCUCCGAUAUUUAGAGCUCAUCAGCAGCAUUGAGGAGAGGAAGAAGCGGGGAGAGACCAACAAUGACCUGUUUCUCGCAGAUGUGUUUUCCUACCAGGGGAAGUUCCAUGAGGCCGCCAAACUGUACAAGAGGAGCGGGCACGAGAACCUCGCGCUUGAAAUGUAUACUGACCUCUGCAUGUUUGAGUAUGCCAAGGAUUUCCUUGGAUCUGGAGACCCCAAAGAAACAAAGAUGCUAAUCACCAAACAGGCUGACUGGGCCAGAAAUAUCAAGGAGCCCAAAGCCGCCGUGGAGAUGUACAUCUCAGCAGGAGAGCACGUCAAGGCCAUCGAGAUCUGUGGUGACCAUGGCUGGGUUGACAUGUUGAUCGACAUCGCCCGCAAGCUGGACAAGGCUGAGCGCGAGCCGCUGCUGCUGUGUGCUACCUACCUCAAGAAGCUGGACAGCCCUGGCUAUGCUGCCGAGACCUACCUGAAGAUGGGUGACCUCAAGUCCCUGGUGCAGCUGCACGUGGAGACCCAGCGCUGGGAUGAGGCCUUUGCUUUGGGUGAGAAGCAUCCUGAGUUUAAGGAUGACAUCUACGUGCCGUAUGCUCAGUGGCUAGCAGAGAACGAUCGCUUUGAGGAAGCCCAGAAAGCAUUCCACAAGGCCGGGCGACAGAGAGAAGCGGUCCAGGUGCUGGAGCAACUCACAAACAAUGCCGUGGCAGAGAGCAGGUUUAAUGAUGCUGCCUAUUAUUACUGGAUGCUGUCCAUGCAAUGCCUCGAUAUAGCUCAAGCAGAUCGUGCCCAGAAGGACAUGAUGCUUGGCAAGUUCCACCACUUCCAGCGUUUGGCAGAGCUGUACCAUGGCUACCAUGCCAUCCAUCGCCACACGGAGGAUCCAUUCAGUGUCCAUCGUCCUGAAACUCUUUUCAACAUCUCCAGGUUCCUGCUGCACAGCCUGCCCAAGGACACCCCCUUGGGCAUCUCUAAAGUGAAAAUACUCUUCACCUUGGCCAAGCAGAGCAAGGCCCUCGGUGCCUACAGGCUGGCCCGGCAUGCCUAUGACAAGCUGCGUGGCCUGUACAUCCCUGCCAGAUUCCAAAAGUCCAUUGAGCUGGGUACCCUGACCAUCCGCGCCAAGCCCUUCCAUGACAGUGAGGAGCUGGUGCCCUUGUGCUACCGCUGCUCCACCAACAACCCGCUGCUCAACAACCUGGGCAACGUCUGCAUCAACUGCCGCCAGCCCUUCAUCUUCUCCGCCUCUUCCUACGACGUGCUACACCUGGUUGAGUUCUACCUGGAGGAAGGGAUCACUGAUGAAGAAGCCAUCUCCCUCAUCGACCUGGAGGUGCCGAGACCCAAGCAGGACAACAGACAGCAAGAGAUUGCAAACAGCAGUAUCCAUGCCCUUGGCCAGAGCCUGUAUAUGCGGCUGUAGAGAUUGGAGAGGCCCACAUGGGACAGAGACAGGGACCAGAGAUGGGCAGAGAGCUGGCCAGGACCUGAAGACCCAGAAGUGGCAAGUGGCACCUUGGUGUUCCCGUGUGGGUCUCCCACCCUCCCUUGCCCCUUAAAAGGCACUGGCUGUGCCUCUGUCUGUGCAUAACUCCUACAUAGCCAACAUGGGACAUGAUGUUGGUGGUGGCCCCUAGCUCUUCCCCUCAGGUCACUUUUGCAUGCAAGUGACAGAGUCCAAAACUGUCAGACAGGCCGAACAAGCGAAGGGUGUACAAGGAAGCCCUGAGCAGGAGAGGAAGCUCCCUGGCCCAGCGCUUAGUCUGGUCUGUCACAGGCUGGCUCUGCCUCUCUUGGCCGCACUGUCCUCUGGGGAGCUUCAUUCUUUGGCAGCACCGCGGUGCCCCCAUAACACAGAGAUGUCAGGAGCAGUGCCAGCCCCAUAUCCCCUCAGCCUCAUAGCCCCCAGAAACAGCCAGCUUUCCUCUCAGCCGUGGCAGUGAAAGCCCCGGGGCACAGCUCAGCCUGCCCCUUUGGCCAGGAGGAUGCACCAGGGCAGUUGUCCAGGCCAGGCCACACUUGCAGGCUGGACAUGGGAGGGUCUUCUGGCAGGGAACAGCACACGCAUGGCCUGGGGCCUCGCUUCCUUGCACUGGCCGAGUCUGCAGGUCUGGGGGCUGUGAGCCUGCCUUUCCUGCGGCUCCCAGGUGCUGCCACCCCCAGGGGCCACACUAGGAGGAGGGAAGCUCAGAGAGCUGCUUGCUGAAGGAAACACGGACCCAUCUAUGCCACCCAGGCUCCCUCAGGUGCCACAGAUGAUACAUGCUAUGGUGCUGGCAGGUGGGUGCUGUGCCCACUCCAACUUGACACCAGCAGUCUUCAUGUCCUGGGCCUCUCUGCAGGACCCCUGCUGGCCUCUGUCACCAGCUCCACCACUGUGGGUGAGGGGCGGUUUCCGGGGACCUCCAGGUGAGUCUGACCCGCCCUGGAGUCAGUAGGGGCUCUCACCCCUGUCUGCUCCAUCACAAGUGCCCACAGACCCCCAGCAGCCACAGAAUGUUUCUCCAGGAUCCCUGGGCCUAUUCCCUCCGUGCCCAUCCACAGCAGCUCACCGGGCCCUCAUGUGCUUCCCACUGGCCCUGGGAGCCAUGGUGUGUGUGGCCUGCCAGGGGAAUGGGUGAGGGCAGCAGAGCCAGCAGAGUCCCUUCUCUCCGCCUUCUUGGCCUAAGCCCCCUCUGUUCCUCCACCUGGAAAACUGUUCCAUUGGCCUGGCUGCUCUUGAGUCUUCACACAGGUGUAGGGUGGAGGCUAAGGUCUGUCUCCAUCUCUGCUUCUGAUUCCAUCCUUGACUAGACCC